AUGCAUCUAUUCCUCAUCCUUUGCACAUUUGGGAGUAAUGUAGCCGCUGUGGCUCGUCAGCGAUCCCCCGAGCUUCAAGUGGCGACCUCUUCCGGCUCUUUGAACGGGAUAUAUAACGAUUCCGCACACAAAGUACGGGCGUUUCUCGGAAUUCCAUAUGCCGAACCCCCAAUCCAAGAACUGCGAUGGGCACCACCACCCCCAAGCCCCAUCGAUGCAUCCUCCUUCGGCAGUCCCUGUCUACAGGUGCAUACGUACUCCAAUGAGUCUAUUUGGAGCGUUCUUCCGUAUAAGAUAUGGAACUCUGGCGAUAUGUCUGAAGACUGUUUGUAUAUGAAUAUCUGGGCACCUUCUGUCAAGCAUCGAGGCUACAGGGGACUUCAAAAAGCUGCAGUCAUGAUAUUCAUUCAUGGAGGGAGCUGUGAUACUGGUGCUAGUUCGGUUGCCUACUACGAUGGCACGAAUUUGGUACGGAAUCACGACGAUCUGAUUGUUGUUACUUUUAAUUAUCGACUCAAUGUUUUUGGGUUUCCGAAUGCACCAGGCAUCGACCCUUCCGAACAGAACCUUGGACUUCUGGACCAGGUAGAUCUUGAUCUUGAAAAUCGAUUGGCAAUUGAGUGGGUUUAUGAAAAUAUAGCCGAAUUCGGUGGUGAUCUAGAUAGGAUUCUUCUGUUUGGUCAGUCUGCUGGGGCUGCUUCGGUUGAUAUCCAUUCAUAUGCAGUGAGCACUACCCUGAAAAUCCGCUCGUUAGUGCACUUGCUCUUCAUUCCGGUACCGCUCCGUUACUGGUUUCGGCCCCUGAUCAUCGAAACUGGAAUGAACCGUCUACUGCGGUUGGAUGCGGCAUAG